AUGUUCCUACAGAUGCUACACAUGAAGCAAAUGGAUACGGAGAAUGACUCUUCAGUGACUGAGUUCAUUCUUGUGGGAUUAACAGACCAGCCUGAGCUCCAGCUGCCCCUCUUUGUCCUGUUCUUGGUGAACUACACAGCCACUGUGGUGGGAAACUUGAGUUUAAUGAGUCUCAUCUGUCUGAAUUCACAUCUUCACACACCAAUGUACUUUUUUAUCCUCAACUUGUCCUUCAUUGACUUCUGUUAUUCAUUUGUUUUUACCCCAAAAAUGCUGAUGAGCUUUGUCUCAGAAAACAACACCAUCUCCUUCACAGGAUGCAUGGCUCAGCUAUUUUUUUUCUGCCUUUUUGUUAACUCUGAGUGCUAUGUGCUGACAGCCAUGGCCUAUGAUAGGUAUGUGGCCAUCUGUAGGCCCCUUCUGUACACAGUAGUCAUGUCUCCCAGGACUUGUUCCCUGCUAAUGCUUGCGUCACACUUGAUGGGGCUCUCUACUGCCGUUGUCCACACAGGAUGUAUUAUCAGGCUUAGGUUUUGUGAUUCCAAAGUUAUCAACCACUACAUGUGUGAUACAUUCCCCCUCCUUGAGCUCUCCUGUGGUAGCAACCAUGCCAGUGAGCUUGUGAGUUCUGUUUCUGUGGCUGUAGUCGUUGUUGUAUCCAGCCUCAUUAUUGUAUCCUCCUACGCUUUGAUUCUUGUUAAUGUAAUUCAUUUGUCAUCAUCUAAGGGUUGGUCCAAAGCCGUGAGCACAUGUAGUUCUCACAUAAUAACUGUUGCCCUCUUCUACGGAUUUGGUCUGCUGGCUCACAUCAAACCGUCAUCGGCAGAGUCCGUGGUUCAGAGGAAAUUUUUUUCAGUAGUUUACACUUUUGUGCUGCCUUUGCUGAACCCCCUCAUUUACAGCCUCAGGAACAAGGAUGUCAAACUUGCGGUGAAGAGAACACUGAAGAGAAUCACAGUCUAA